AUGGGAGGAGCUACCAGUGUCAUCAAGACACUAUUCAUUCCGGCGCUGAUAUCUCUGGUCCUCUACCUGGCCAUAUCCUUUGUUAUUGCUCCUUUCAUCCGGCAGCACCGGCAGCGAUACUCCCAGUAUCUCCCCUUGCACACAAUAUCGGCGCACACGACCUCGCUGAGAGACCGGACGUUCGACGCCCUCAUGAACAUUACCCUGCCUUCAUCGUGGAGGCACAGAGACCUGGCCCACGAACAGGACUCGGACAGCAUGUUCGACGAUGAUGGUGAAGACGGCUACGAGCUGAGCGAGUCGAGGCGGGAGGCACUUGACCAGGAGCGGAGAGAGGCGCGGCUAGCUCGGGAGCUGGAGGAUGGCUUCAUACCAGACAGCGAUGGGGACGAUACCCCGGGCACGAGGCGGAUAUGA